UGUUUUCCGAAAAUCGUUUAUAAACUUUAAUGAAUCAUUUAAACCCAUACUGCGUUGUCUACUUUUGAUGUACUUUUUGUUUCGCUUUUUCUGAAAUGGCAGGUGUUUUGUGAUAAAUAUGAAAAAAGGUGGAUUAGCACUGAAACAGUAGGUUGGUUGAUAUGGACAGGCCCCAGGAAACAGACGAGUGGGGCUCAGACGGGGAAAAUCAGCCCGUUGGAAUCGUAGCCUUUAUGCAAAAGAACCAUGAGCGAGCACAAGCAUUGCAUACUGAAUGGGAUAAGAUGCUGAAGGAACUAGAUGUUGACUUGUUUCUCAGAAGCGACAUGGACAGUUGGUUUCAGAAAUGCUUUGUUAUCAAAUGCAAUCAGAAUGAUAUUCAAGCUUACAAAGCCAAGCUUAUUGUCGACUUCGUUAAAGAAAUGAAAACAAAAAUUGAACACAGUCGUGAAGGUGGGACAGCUAAUGGCAACAACAAUGCGUCUAUGGCAAAUUUCUUACAAAGACAACGAGCCCUUAUUCAACUGGAACAACAGAUAAGCGACGGCACAGUUGUUGACAUGGCGGUAACGUGCAUAACACGUGAGCAGGAUCUGAUCAUGGCAAUGUUUCCAUCUGAGAGGCCAGAUGAACUUUCUUUUCAUUUAACAAAUGCCAUCAAGUUAAAAGAGUGUCUAGUGAAAGCGAUAGAUGAUCUGACAAAAGGUCGGCAUGGCGAUAGCAGUUCAGAGAACGAAGUUUUGCAAAUUGCCUUGGAAAAAUUCGAGGUAUUUAAACAGGAAUGUGGGAGACUGUUGUGCAGUAUUCAAGAAAUAUUGCCGGAGCUGACAAGGACACUUGGCACUCAGAUUGAAGAAUGGAAACAGCAGUUUAAACUACAAUAUGCAGAACUAUACGCAGAUGCAAACGUAGAACCAAUAGCAAAGAGGAGCUCAGAAAUUUGGGGAUUCCUUCAAGAACUGCGCACGAUUGUUGUUGAACAAUUGUCUGUAUUAGUAGAUGAGGACACGAUAAGUAGAAGCAAGCAGACAAUAGAUAAAACUGCGAUUGACCUCAUCAAAGGAACGUUCCUUGUAACGGAUCAAUCAAUAUACGUGCUAAAGCAGGGGAAAAAGAACUCUCCGGAUAGUCUAUUUACUGUCAGAAUAUUAGCUGCGGAGAUGACAGACCUGUUGAAAUCAUUGGAAGUAAAGGCUUACCUUCUUUACGAUGGAGAUUUAAAUGACUGCUGGAAUGAGCAUAAACUGGACUUGCAAAUGGUUAAUGACAGAUGCAAGAAGGUCAAAGGACAACUAUCUGUGAAGUUUGCCAAAGAAAACAGGGGAAGGUUUGAAGCAACGUUUACCAAGUUAACGUUGGAAAGGAUUAAGAGACCGAACUCGGAAAAGCCAGUGCAUGAGGAGAAAUACAGAUUUGUCUUUGUGGCCACGUUUGAGAAAAAUGUGUUAUGGACGGUGUCCUUGCCUCUCGUGAUUGUGACAGCGACUAACCAGCAGUGUCAUGCAAUGGCUUCCAUCAUGUGGGAAUGUUUCAGCACAAAUGUGUUUCAACUGCCAAUAUCCGUUCCGGUUGAGCUACCAUGGUCCACCAUUGCCAAGAUGUUGAAUGCCAAGAUCAGAAGGUUGUGUCCAAGCAGGGAGUUGACAGAUGACAACGUCAGACACCUUAAGCUUCGGUUGAUCGGCGAUAACGAACCAGAUGACACGUCGGUUACGUUAAAGAAAUUUUGCUUCGAUCGAAUGCCUCAAUUGAAGAUUGAUGCCAACGGUAAUGAACAGAAUAAAGACAAGUCAUUUUCCUUCUGGCAGUGGUUCAUGGCAUGUUAUAACCUAAUAGACAAACACCUCCUGAAGUAUUGGCAACAUGGUUGGAUUUACGGUUUUAUCAGCAAAAAAGAAGCCACGCUUCGGUUGAUGGCAUUAAAGAAACCUGAAAUCAGAGAUGGACUAUUUCUUUUACGAUUUUCUGACAAUGAGAUCGUCGAAAGCCAAGGUGUAUCAGGAAUGUUUGCUUACCUGCGGUCGACGAAAAUGAAGCUUAUUUACAAUGAAAAUAAGCUAAAGAAACGUGAAAUUUACAACUUCGAGGUCGCCGGACCAAAAGACUUGAAGAGGAAUGAACUUGCCAAUAUUUUGAAAUAUUCUAUGGAACUUGACAAUGCCGGGGGUAUGGAAACACAGUACUUAUGGCUGUUCCCGCAAAUGGUGAAGCGUGAGGAAACAUUUGACUCACAUCUCACACUAGACCAAGGAAAUCCUGGGUAUGAUGGAAAAACGCAGACCUUGAAACUCACGACUGAACUACCACAACGAGUUGUCCGUUUGCUUGAAAAACACCCAUGUCCUCCCGAUGUUGAUCUGAAAUCAUCGGUGUCAGCCUAUGGUGCCUCAGCAAAACAUCCUAGAAUAUCAGAACAGUCGUCAUUUACUAGUCCAUUGACAGCAUUGGCCCCACUCAGCAAUGUUGGUCUUUCAUCCAACACUACGACCCCUGUUUCGGGGUGCCAAUACCAAAGCCAGCAGAAUAUUCCGAAGCUACCAGCGUUCAGUCAGCCUUUUAACUUGUCGCACCAAACUCAUGGUGCUCAUACGAUACCAUUGGACUCUCAGAUGUCAGAUGCUUUUGGUGAGGAAAACCAAGCUUCAUUAUUCCAACAGACAGAAAACAUACAAAUGCAGAAGAUUGUCUUAGAAUUGAGCCAACUAUCAGUUGAAAAAAGAACAAAAGUCAUCCAGCAUUUCUUAACCCAAGAUGGCACAUUGACGUUGCUAAAUUCUGGUCUACAUGCUGCGGUUGGUAAUACCGUUGAAAUUGCUGAUAUUGGCGCUUCGUUUAUCUCUGACCAAUAUGAACAUGGUAGUUCAUGCCCUGACCCACAACAAAUUGUCACACCAACAGCAUCUAAUUGUAUAAAUGACUUGGGAAUUUCAACAUCGGAACCGGAAAUCAGCUGCGAAGAACUGGAGCAAGCAAUUGACAGUGGAAACAUUGAGACAGACUUUUGGGAUCGAACACCAAACAUAGACAUUUAAAAUAGACAAAACAAGAACCAGUAUGUGAGGUUCCUUAUCGUACAAAGUAUUUAUCAUAAAUGUAAAAAUUGGAUAUUUUAUCACACCUCAGAAGCCAUGACUAGUGUUCGGAAUAGAUCGACAAAGUACGAUGCUACUCAAGGAUUGUCGGUGCUUUAUACAAAAUCUGUUUUAAUAAAAUUGUUCUUGAGAUAUUAUUGAAGUCUAUUUCGGUAUAAAAAAAUCUCUAAGAAGCUUUAAUAUUGAAACAAUUCGUGUUUCACUGUCCGACGAUAAUCCAAUCCAAUUAAUAAAUCUUUUCUAAUGCG